AUGAAGAGCAGCCCGCAAUCCACCAAGUCUCCCAAGUCCCCAAAGUCUCCGCGCAAGGCUGUCCCUCGCCAGCAUAGCGAUGGGGCAAUGGACCCCCGAAACUUCACUUCUGAUCAUCCUGACCAGAAGGACUGGUCCUGGGAAAAUCUCCCGGACAUCCUCUAUCAGCUGAAGCCCGAUAAAGAUCAGCCAAAACUGCCUACCCCGAGGGUCAAGUCGUACACGAUCGACGGAAGGCCUCUGAGGGAUCUCCCCGUUCUUCCUGAUCGUAUCUCUUCUGUUGUUGAGGAGUUUCGAGUGGAAGCAUGGCAGAGACUGGAUCGCCGGGUUCACCUAGGCGAUAUCGUAGCUCGGAUGCACAAGGACUUUGAAAUAAAUUGUAACGCUCUCCAACAGCGCAGCGUGCGCUUUAGACAGGAGUUUGGCCUUCUCACCUGGGGAACGGGGAACAAGAGAAGCAAUGAUCUCGAGAACAUACUCAUGCCAAAGCUACACGCUGCCGGAGUAGAUCUCUUGGCCAACACUACUCGUGGCUAUACCCCCGGGCUCAUAAACCCGGUCCUGGGGGAAGCUGGUGGUCGGAUUCCAGUGCCUGAGCACUGGGUGAAUCGAGAGGGUGCCAAGCGCAAGAAGUCUAUGUAUAAGUCGCCAAAGUCAUGCAAGAAGGCCACGAUGAAAGCCGUGGAAGAGCAUGUUGACGUUACGCCCUCUGAUGACGGAACGGUCGAGAAUCCAGAAAGUCCCGAAAGUCCAGAAAUCACAGAAGAGCCACAGACGCCAGAAACGCCAGAGCAGGAGCCGGUUGUCUUCGUUCAUGAAAAUUUCUCUGUAAAGGAACUGCCAGAGAAUGUUUGCAUGCAGGACCUGGACCUUUCCCUGGGCAUCACAAAGCCCAUCCUGCGCAAUCCUACAGCUAGGAUAACGAAAACUGCCGCGGCAGCAAGGGCCCUGAGAAGACGAGCCAAACACAUUGUUUCCUCACAGAGUAUUAUGGAGCUGUGCAAAAAGUUCUCAGACACAUGUGAGAUCAUCAAGAUUCGUCCGGAACUUCCUCUUAUCCAAUUGCCCACCCAGGACAUAUAUCCCCAAAAUAAGCCCUUUGAACUGGAUUGCAGCUUCUCUUGUGGGAACCGAAAAGAGAUCUUUGACAAUGCUCUGAAUCAAUAUUAUGGUGGCAUGUGCAGCCUCGUGGAAAUGCCCUUGCUCGAGCCAACGACCAUUCUGGCGGACGUGGAAAUGGAAGUGGAAUAUUCUUCUGCGCAGUCCUUUUCUGGUAUUUCUUUACGCGAGUGA